AAGUGUUAAGCCUCUUUCCACCAUUUGGUACUGGUAGCCAGUGUUGAUUUCUGGAGUUGUGCUAGAUUACUGAUCCACAUGGUUAGAAAAUAUAAAAACGUUUCGAGAUUAAAUUAGCCAGAUGGCACCAAAUCAGAAGGUGACAAUCCGUUGUAUAAUCUCCAGACUAAUUUCUUCCAUUCCGUCCCUGUCCGUCGGUUCAAGCUUCCCAACAAUCUCUGCGGAGUAGGUCGCCUGACGAACUACCGAGACGUGCGUCUCGCUUCUCCCUUCCUCAGCUGCUGGCCCGCUGCCUGCAGCCAUUGCCCGCUCCUCGAGGUCAAAUGGCCCCUGCCCCCGCUCUCACCGCCACAUCCGUCCUGAAGCGUUCCCACCUACCCGGCGUCCACUCGUUGGCCUGUCGCCGGCAGCCGGGGGCGGACCGCGUCUCGGUGCUUUCUCCAGCGAUCCCGCCGCCCCGCGUUUCAUGGCAGCAAGGAUCUGGAGUGGUUGCUAAGAGGCUCCUCUGGGCGAGUGCGAGUGGUUCCUUCGAGAAAGAUAACAUCGGGGAGGACGCGGUGUUGCCUUCUCAGAUAGCGGUGGAGAAUAAAGUAGAUUUUUUGAAGAUUUUAAAGAGUGCCAACUCCAUUAUUCCCCAUAUAGUGCUGGGGAGUACAAUUCUCGCCCUGGUGUACCCGCCUUCGUUUACAUGGUUCACUACCAGGUAUUAUGCACCAGCUUUGGGGUUCUUGAUGUUUGCUGUUGGUGUAAACUCAAGUGCCAAGGAUUUUAUUGAAGCAAUAAAGAGGCCAGAUGCUAUUGCUGCGGGCUAUAUCGGACAGUUUGUCAUCAAGCCUUUGUUUGGAUUCCUUUUUGGCACUCUUGCGGUUGCAGUUCUUAACCUCCCAGCUGCUCUAGGCGCUGGCAUAAUGUUGGUUUCAUGCGUGAGCGGAGCACAACUUUCAAACUAUGCAACUUUCUUGACGGAUCCACAUAUGGCUCCUCUCAGCAUUGUUAUGACAUCAUUGUCAACAGCUACUGCAGUUUUUGUCACCCCAACAUUAUCUUACUUUCUUAUUGGCCAGAAAUUACCUGUAGAUGUCAAAGGGAUGAUGUCCAGCAUCGUUCAAAUAGUUGUUGCUCCAAUUGCUGCCGGAUUGCUUCUGAAUAGAUUCCUACCAAGGCUCUGUGCAGCUAUUCAGCCAUUUCUCCCUUCGAUGUCGGUGUUUGUCACUGCCCUGUGUGUUGGCUCACCAUUGGCAAUAAAUAUCAAGGCUGUUUUGUCGCCAUUUGGAUUAACCAUAGUGCUGCUCCUUUUUGCAUUCCACACCUCAUCUUUUGUAGCUGGUUAUCAUCUUGCUGGUACUUGGUUUCGCAAGUCAGACGACGUAAAGGCACUACAAAGGACAAUAUCUUUUGAGACAGGAAUGCAAAGCAGCCUUCUUGCUCUUGCUUUAGCAAAUAAGUUCUUCCCAGAUCCACUAGUGGGUGUGCCUCCAGCCAUAUCGGUUGUGUUGAUGUCCUUAAUGGGAUUUGCUCUUGUCAUGAUUUACAUUUUUUUUUGAAUCGUGCUGGCAUGCCGCCCCAAGAGCCGAUGGAGUUCAAUUUCUGGCCACUUGCCGUAGGGUUAGGGUAGCUCGUCUCCAACUGCUGUUCAUCGAACCGUAUCAGUUCUCGCAUGAUUCGUCAGAAUUUCUAGUAUUCGACUGCAUCCCAAUGACAGCGUUGAAGGAAUACGAGUAACCUAGACAUACGGUUGAAGUUGUACACAUGUCCAGCUGGGUAUCCCCAUCGAUGAUCCUUAAAUCAGGACCUCUAUUGGGAUCCGAUGAAUUCACUUUCUUUUCUCGAACAUCAAAUCCCUACUACUUAUUAAGACAGUAAGAGGUAGGCUGUCAUUCCGUGUUCUGCCA